AUGGAAGUACCUGAUCGUGCUGUGAAAUUUGUACCGUGCAAAUCUGGUGAUAUCAUCACACUGGGGACCAUGAAGCUCCGGGUUAUGGAAGAUGGCUCAAAUACUGAUAUGCGCAUGAGCUGCUGUGAAUUGACUAUUCCUGCGGGGACAAUAGGCCCUCCUACACACUGGCAUGAGAUGCAUGACGAGACAUUUCUUGUUACCAAAGGGAUGGUUCGAUUUCAUAUACCGGGAAAGCCUGAUAUUGAUGCCAAAGUAGGCGACUAUGUUGUUGUCCCAACAAAGAGCCCCCAUACAUUUUCCAAUCCGACAGAGGAAGAGUCGGCGUUUUUCAAUACCUUCACCCCUGCAUUUUACAUCAACUACUUCAAGCUGCUAGGCGAGUUGGUUGAAGGAGGCUCUCUAACAAAGGAAGCAAAUGAAAAAGCGAUGGCAUAUUACGCGACAAUCCCUGUUCCAGAGCCAUAA